CUACGUUGCUAGAUAUCCAUGUGUAAAAAAAAGACAAACGUAGUUUCACUAAUUCAGUGGUUUGUUCCGUCAUGUCGACCGCCGGUCUGCUGCACGUAUUUCAGAGCCGAAUAGCUGAACGCUUUACCAGCGUCGCAAUGGAGAUAUUUCAAGAAGUGGCCCACAUUGUAAAAGGAUACCAAGAGGAAAACGACCGUCUUCGAUCCUUACUAAACGCACAGAGGAAUUCACCCAAGAUUGAGGACUGUCAAUUCAGAAGAUCAACUUCGACUGUCAAAGAACAUGCACCAAGGCUGAGUAGUCCUGUGGAGACAGAAGUACAACAAUGUGCUAAAAUGCUGAAAACUGAACAUACUGACCUGUUGGAGCCAGUGGCCAUUACACCUGAAGAGGAGAAAAAAGAUAUGUCAGCCUUACUGGCUAAUAUAUCUAAAGAGGAGCAAACUGAAAAAUCAGUGUCUUAUGUAAUGGAAGUAUCAGAGCAACUGGUCGAUGAACAAAAAAUAGAUUUUUCUAUAAGGCUGGCACCAGAACCAGAAAGCAAAACAGACAAUAGCAACACAAUGGCUUGUCUUAAAAGUGAUUCCAAAGAGGAAGGCACUGCAAGGCCUGACAUCGCUACCUCACUUGAAGCUGUUGCUUUUGGAGACUUCAACACAUCCAUGGAAUCCCCUCAGCUGAACAGGAGUGACAAAACCCUCAACAAAGUCCUGGGACAUCCUGAAUCUCUGAAGCGGUCACACAGAAAGAUUAUCCGGAAAGACAAGCCAAGGAGGAAAAUUGUGAUGACAACCAUAGCACUGAAAAAGGAACUUAUCGCCAAGUGGGAGAGAGGUGCACGUGUGUCUGAUCUGGCUGUUCAGUACAAUAUGGCUAAGUCAACGGUUUCAACCAUAUUGAAGAGAAAAGAAGCCAUCAAAGCUGCUGAUGUCGCAAAAGGGGUAAAAACUCUGAGUAACAGAAGAACUGAUAAAAUGGAAGAAGUGGAAAAAGUUCUGCUUAAGUGGAUUACUCAUAAACAGUUGAGGGGUGACGCUGUCUCAGAGACCCUAAUUUGUGACAAGGCAAGGGAACUCCAUAAUGCCCUCACCAGAGAAAACCCAGGGGGCAAUGGGGAUGAAUUCAAGGCUAGUAAAGGAUGGUUUUGCAAAUUUAAAAAAAGAAGUGGAAUCCACGGUGUGCUUAGACCAAGGGAGGCCGCGAGGGCUGGCAAAGAAGAGAAGACGUGUCAUCCUCAAAACCUAAAUUAAGAAAAACUGUGGAAAAAGUAUGCUCCAUGUCAUUUGAGGCCAUAUCCAAAAGCCUCAGUGGCCAGGCAGCUCUUUAAGGAAUGGUUAAGAAAUAGUUAAGGAACACCUGACAGAGAAACAAUUUACACUCAAAAUAAUCUUGAGUGGAAACCUCAAGGAGACACUUUGAGGUGACCUCUGGGAGAAUGAAGCCUAACCCUUUCAGACCUAAUAUAAUGUUGCCCUCGAUGUACUAAUACUAUUAUUGGUAUUGGUAACUGGUGUAUUGGACUCCAAUACUGCUCCACCAGUACCACUUUACCAGCCUGACGUAUAGAGUAUCUUCCAGGUAGGAGGAGCCUUGUCAGCAGUGUGGAGAUACAGGACCUCUAGGUAGACUGGUAUGACAACACCUUUAGCCAUCUGCAAGUUGUUUAGCAAAGUGUUUAACUGCAUGAGCAGUGACUGCGAUCCCUGCCAUGCGAGUGGCAGCGGCAAGCAAGAAUCUUGAGCACCGUUGUCUGCUCUGCUCUGCCCUGGUCGAUUGUGCCAGUAGCAUGCUUAUAUGAUCACAAGGAUUAAGCUACGCUAGUCUAAGUACACACAAACCUAUACAGUGAAACUAGAGAUGACUCAUUAAAUCAAUGGUUCCUUCGAUUGCUCCACCAAAUGGGAUAAUUGUGCCAAUUUGAGAGUUAAUAUUCAUCAUAAAAAAUAACCUGACCCUCGUUAAAAAAAAAAAAAAAAUGAAUCCAGAGGAAAGAGAAGUCAGUGAUGGUGUGAAACUUUCACUUCAGUUGCCCUUCAAAGUUUAAUCUUAGAACUACAAUGCAUUGUGUUGCAGGUGAUAUUUCAGUGAAAUGUGUUGCAAGACUCUUGGAAAAACAUGAGGAUGGGUAUUAAAAUGUCAGUAAUGAAAGGUUGUUACUGAAAGUGUUAUUAAACUUGUGCCAUGUUCAAGGAAUGUUUGUGUUUUGAACAAUAUUUGAUUAAAAUGACACAUUCUCAUCACAAUUGCUGGAUGUAAUGGCAUAUACAACUUACUGUAAGUUCCUCAACAGUCUCGGGUCUCCAUUUUUGUAUCAUAAUGCGCCACACAUUUUCAGUGUGAGACAGUUCUGGACUGGUGGUAGUGUCUCUCAUACUCUUUUACCACAAAGUUACACUGUUAUAACAAGGAAAAUAUGGCUUAGCAUUGUCUUGUUGAAAUAAGCAGGGUUAGGAAAAGUCACUUAGAUGGAUGUACCGUAUUUGUUGCUCCAAAACAUGUAUGUACUGUUUAGCAUUAAUGGUCCCUUCAUAGAUGUACAUGUUACCUUUGCUCUGGGCAGUAACACACUCUGAUACCAUCACAGAUACUGACUUUUGAAAUUUACGUCCGCUAAUGACAAUUUAGAUGGUCCUUUACCUCCUCAGCCCAGAGGAUACAGCAUCCAUAAUUUCCCAAAACAUUUUGAAAUGUCGUCACGGUGCCUCAGCUGAUAAAGCGUUGGCCUCACAGUUCUGAGGUCCCGGGUUCAAUCCCGGACCCGCCUGUCUGGAGUUUGCAUGUUCUCCCCGUGCCUGUGUGGGUUUCCUCCAGGCUCUCCGGUUUCCUCCCACAUCCCAAAAACAUGUAACAUUAAUUGGACACUCUAAAUUGCCCCUAGGUGUGAUUUGUGAGUACGACUGUUUGUCUCUAUGUGCCCUGGAAUUGGCUGGCAACCAGUUCAGGGUGUACCCUGCCUCCCGCCCGUUGAGAGCUGGGAUAGGCUCCAGCACUCCCCGCGACCCCCAUGAGGAUAAGCGGGGAAGAAAAUGGAUGGAUGGAUUUUGAAAUGUGGAUUUAUCAGACCACAGGAUACUUUUCAUACUUCCCCACUUUGUAGCAGUCCUCAGGAGAGCUUGGGUCCAGAGAAGCAGCCAUUGCUUCUAGGUCUCGUAGAUAUAUAUAAUAUAUAUAUACUAGGCACGGGGAGAACAUGCAAAUGCCACACAGGUUGGACUGGGAUUUGAACCCCAGUCCUCAGAACUGUGAGACUAAACCUCUACAGCUACUCCACCAUGCUGGCUCAUGUUACUCAGUUUUGAUAUGUUUUACACAUCUCAACCUAAUUGGAAUUUGCAUUUCUACAAAAUAUUGCUGUAAAACUGCUUGAGGACCGUUGGGAAAGUCUGAAGGCGAGUGAUGAUGUAAUUUCUCGAGUAUAAUGCAUCCCGAAGUAUAAUGCGCACCGCCAAAGGUGACCGAAAAAAAUCAGGAAAACCCUUAUACCAAUGUACAAUGCAAACCACCUAUUGACUUUUUGAAAAUAUUUUUUAAAAAAUUGUGCAUUUUCUUUCGAGAAAUUACAGCAUACAUUGUACCUCAAUAUAAUUGUGAACAGCCUGGGGUAGCCCUUAGACCUGAAGGUGAACAAAGACAACGUUGGGAAGUGGAUGGAUGAGCACAAAUUUCUUUAGGCCACCAAUAAACUGUAGAGUCUUGGCAACUAAGUGGAAUGUCAGAGAAGGUUUUGUGUCGAUGAAUAUAGAGCCUUGAAAUGCGAUAGUCCAAAUGCAGAACUCAAGGAAGUGUUGGGGGCAGUACUUUUUGUGCACCCUUAGAUAGCUAGCUUAGAUAGAUGUGCUUAGAUCCCUGUACACCAUCACUCACAGCGUUGAGGCUUAGAAGGCAAUUUAUUGUUUUUACAUUUUAGUUUUAGUGGUUAAAUAUGCAUGUUGUCUUCACACUUGUAACUUGUUACACCAUGGUAGAGCAACAAAUUAUAUUUGAUAAAAUGUUAAUUUACCCCAAAGAAGAAGAAAAAAUACCAAUUGCUAAAAGGGGUAUUGUACUGCCGGUGCACCUUCUCAGAUUGGGUUGUUAAAUUUCAUCGAUCGGGGAGUCUUUUUAGG